CUUACAAACUCUUCCUUUUUCUGUGACUUUUGAUACAACAUGAGCGCACAAGACGCCGAAGAUCUUAUCGACUACGAGGACGAGCACGACAUUGUCCCAAGCGGUGGUGCAGCAGCCUCGGCAGGCGCUGCUGGAGGUGCUGGCGACGCAGGGGAUAAGAAAAACUUUUCUGGUAUUCACUCAACCGGUUUCAGGGAUUUCCUCUUGAAACCCGAACUGCUUCGUGCCAUUUCUGAUCUGGGCUUUGAACAUCCUUCGGAAGUGCAACAAGAAUGUAUUCCCCAGGCCGUUCUUGGUAUGGACGUUCUGUGUCAAGCCAAGUCCGGUCACGGAAAGACUGCAGUCUUCGUUCUUGCCACUCUCCAACAACUUGAGCCUGUCAAUGGCGAAGUGUCGGUACUCGUUCUCUGCCAUACUCGAGAGUUGGCAUUCCAAAUCAAAAACGAAUACACGCGUUUCGCCAAAUACAUGCCGGAUGUUCGCGUCAGCACCUUCUAUGGAGGAACUCCAGUCGCAAAGGAUGCCGAAAUCCUGCGCGAUAAAACCAAAUGCCCCCACAUUGUCGUUGCUACUCCCGGUCGACUCAACGCCCUCGCCCGCGACAAAGUUUUGGACGCCAAGAACGUGAAGCAUUUCGUGUUGGACGAGUGCGACAAAAUGCUUGAACAGCUCGACAUGCGCCGCGACGUCCAGGAAAUCUUCCGCAUGACCCCUCACCACAAGCAAGUCAUGAUGUUCAGCGCCACCCUUGCGAAGGAAAUCCGAGCGACGUGCAAGAAGUUUAUGGCCAAUCCCCUUGAAAUCUUCGUCGACGAUGAAACCAAGUUGACCCUGCACGGUUUACAACAGCACUACGUGAAGCUGGAGGAAGCUGGAAAGAACAGGAAGUUAAACGAAUUGCUCGACAACCUCGAAUUCAACCAGGUUGUCAUUUUCGUGAAGUCGGUUGCUCGUGCAAUUGAACUGGAUAAGCUGCUUGUGUCCUGUAACUUCCCUUCAAUCGCCAUCCACUCUGGAUUGCAGCAAGAAGAACGUAUCAAACGUUAUACUGCUUUUAAGGCUUUCGAGAAGCGUAUCCUGGUUGCCACUGAUAUCUUCGGUCGUGGUAUUGAUGUUGAACGAGUUAACAUCGUUGUCAAUUAUGAUUGCCCUCCCGAUGCCGAUUCCUAUCUUCACCGCGUUGGUCGUGCCGGCCGCUUCGGUACCAAGGGUUUGGCGAUCACCUUCGUGUCUUCGGAUACGGACCAGCAAACCAUGGCGUCCAUCCAAUCCCGUUUCGAGGUUGCUGUUCCCGAGCUUCCGGACCAUAUCGACCCUGCCAGUUACAUGACCUCUUAAGAUACUUCUCUUUGUGUAAACUACGUGUCCUGUUGUAUUUUGUUGUCUAUUCUCGAAUGUUGCAAUUUUUUUUUGAGUC